CAGAGUCAGCAGCGGUGGUAGCAGCAGCAGCAGCGACGGCGGUGUCGGGAACCUUGGCUCGAGGCUCUUCGAACAAGGAGUGGGUGGCCGCCGGGAGGAUCUCGGCGAUCCCUUCAUUUGCCCCAUCGCCCAUUCUUUCCUCCUCUGCUCUCUUUCUCGGGAGGGGGGGGGGAAAUCUUAACAAAAAUAAAAACGUCGCUCCCGUCGUUGCAAAGUUAGAUGCACCGAUAGAAGUUGGCCCCUAGCAAUCGAGCCAGGUUGCCGGCCAGCCUUGCUGGAGGGGUCCAUCCUCUCGCCGUCUCCCCCGCUGCAGAUGGAGGCGACCGAAUACUUUGUCGCUCCUGCUGCUGCUGCUGCUGUUGAGACUGCACCAACGGCGGUUCUCUUUUUUUCUUGGUGACGGAAGCAAAGAAAUGGACUGAAUCGGGGCUGGGGGUGGUGGGUGGAGUAAUCGUUGAGAUUCAGAGGAAAUCGGCCGCGGUGGUUGGAUCCAACAGCAUCACCGACCGGAGCAAAAACACACUCGGGCUGCACAAGGUUGGUUGGCUGCCCCUGGAUCAUCUUUGCGGAGAUUUCUCGUUGCUCUCGCUCCCCUUCUUCCGAAAAACCCGGCACUUGCUGCGGGAUCCGAAGAAACGGCUUCUAGGGCGUCUCUCUACGGCUGAAGUUGCGUGCAGGCGUGUUUUUGAUCUGCGGUUGCCACCAUCCAACGCGACGAAACGGACUGCGGGGCGUUGUGGGGGGGGAAAAAGCAAGAAACCCGGGAUUACUCCUAACCCCAGUUUCCAAUGGAUGUUCUUGAAAAAGUGUCAUAGAGUUGUGAGAAGUUGCAUUUUACUAAUAUUCUGGCUGUGGUCACAAAGAUGCUUAAUCAGUGCAAGGAAAGUAUGAGAUACCUUCUGAUUAGUCCUAAGCUUGCUCAUAUUUAGCAAAUGUGCUGUGCAGAUCCUGUCCAAUCCCACCCCCGUAGUUUGUUCAUGGAUCAGUGAGUUGUGGGAACUCCAUAAAUACCGUAAAUUAAUCUUCUGUGACAACACUCAACAAGGCAGAUUCUAGUCCAUAUAACUCAAUUAUAUAUCCUCUCAUUUUAGAUAGGAAAUUGUUCCCAGCUUUAUUUGAUAUUCCAGAGGUUACACUUGGGACCUUUUGAAUGCAACACAGAUGUUCUGUCACUGAGCUACGGCAAUCAACAAACUCCCUUUUCCUGCUUCCCUUGCUAUAGCCUCAGUCAUGACCCAUUCCUUGUGGAUCAAAGAUGUUUCUGACAGGCAGGUUGAGGCUGGCCACCUCUUCCCCUAUGAAUGAAACGGAGGGGCUGCUGUGGGGGCUCUCUUCCUGCUACCCUCCAGUUCUUGGCAAUUGCAGCUGUCUUCCCUUUGGUUGCCAGGAAGUCUCCCGUCAGUAUCUGGCCAGAAUGGAGGGGGACAGCAAGGUGCCAGGAAGGGAACACGCACUUCCCAUAUUUCCCUUAUCCAGCUGCUUGCUCUCUUGCUCUCCCUCUUGUUCCCCAUUCCCCCUCUGUCCCUUUGCUUUUCCGCUGCAGGUUUGUCCAGAGAUGGCUUUCAAAGCCACCAUAACAACACCCUGUCCUCUGGAGUCCUGAGGCAUCCCUCACUGCUCGCUUGCUCUGUCUCACUGCCUGUGGUGGUCCUUCAUUUUCCAUUCCCCGCAGGCUUAUGUGGAUGCCUUCUUACCACAGAGCCACUUGGCCUCUGCUCCAGCACAUUCUCUCCAGGGGAGUUGGAUAGAUUGGAUUUGGAAACACCAAAGGAGGAACUUCUUCAGGCUGGCUAUAAAUGUGGUGGCUCUGCUCAGCCUGCCAAGCUAAGGCAGUAACUCAAAAGAGCAGCAACAGCACAAAGGUUAUUUCAGAUAAACAAGAUAAACACUCUGGAUUUACAGAGAUGAAGUUUCAUCCGGUAGCCUUUAUAGCGGCCGAUCUUUGACCUUCUUCGGGAAAUCCCAGCCUUGUUUGAUGUCCUCAUCUUUCUUUGGAAAGGCUGCAACUCCUUCUUUUUUCCUGCCAGUAGAACGAAAGAUGACUUCUGCUCACAAUGUCGUGCUCUGGGAUGCCCCUUUCUUGUUUUUCUAGCAAAAACUGGAUGGAGGACAAGACCGUCUACACUGGCAGCACAAUGUAGACAUUUCUCUGGAGCAAGAACUUGGGAUCUUCCAAUCCCCUGGUUUGGAGCAUUCUCCUGCCUUCUGGCAGAGCCAUCCCCUACGUGUGUGCAUUCACUCUCUCUCUCUUUCUCUCUCUCUCUCUCUCUCUCACACACACACACACACACAUAACACCCUUUUCAAGCACUGGAAGAGGGGGAACAAGUUAAGUGGCAAGUAUGAUUUCUCCUCUUGAUGCAUUUUUGUGAGUGGGAAAAUUCAGACACUACCCAGAAAUUCUGCCAAGGUUGACCCAAAGCUUUGGAUCAAGACAGUUCUGGCCACCUAAACUGUGGCAUACAGCCUUAUGGAAGACCUGGGCAAGUCGACGGUGUGGCUGCAGGCCGAGUUGGCCUCUCCUUCUCCGUGCUUGCAUAUCCUUGAUUGCCGCAGCCGGGACCUAUAUGAUUCAUCCCAUGUGGAGCGGGCCCUGAGCGUGGCCCUCCCAGGACUACUACUGCGCCGCCUUCGGAAGGGGAGUCUGGCGGUCCGGUCCUUGCUGCCUGGCCCCCCUCAGGGGCUCUGUGAGAAUAUGGUUUUGCUGUACGAUGAGGGGACAAUCCAGCUCUCUCGGCCGGACAACCAGGAGGAAGAAGAAGAAUCAGUGCUGCUCACACUCUUGCAGAAGCUCCGAGAGGAGGGCUGCCUGGCCUACUACCUGCAGGGAGGCUUCAAUAAAUUCCAGGCUGAAUGGCCCCAUCUCUGUGAAACCAACCUGGAUACAGCCAGUACCAGCAGCUCUCCUGUUCCUCUGGCGGCUCCCAUCGUGGGGCUGGGAGGCCUGAGCUUAAGUUCAGAUGGCUCAGAUGCCGAGUCAGAGCCCCUAAGCAGCGGCAUGGAGUCUGAAGGCACGAGUCCCCCCUCCUUUCCUGUGCAGAUCCUACCCAAUCUCUACCUGGGAUGUGCCCGUGACUCUGCCAACAUGGACACUCUGGCCAAACUGGGUAUCCACUACAUCCUCAAUGUGACUCCAAACCUCCCAAACCUCUUUGAGAAGAAUGGCGACUUCCACUACAAGCAAAUUCCCAUCUCAGAUCACUGGAGCCAGAACCUUUCUCAGUUCUUCCCUGAAGCUAUUGAUUUCAUUGAUGAGGCCCUCUCUCGGAACUGCGGCAUUCUGGUGCACUGCUUGGCGGGGAUCAGUCGCUCAGUCACCGUCACUGUAGCCUACCUCAUGCAGAAGCUCAACCUGUCUCUCAACGAUGCCUAUGAUCUGGUGAAGCGAAAGAAGUCCAACAUCUCACCUAACUUCAAUUUCAUGGGACAGCUGCUGGAUUUUGAGAAGUCCCUGGGGCUUAGCCAGGGCAGUCGGCGGCCAGCCUCAGACCAGACCUGCUUCUUCACCUCACCAACCAAUGACAGUGUCUUUGAGCUGGAUCCUACGUAGGAGCCAGAAGGGUGCUACAUUUUUGUCAUUGUCCACCAACACCUCCUGUUCUUGGUUCUUUCUGCCUGCCCUGGUGGCAGAAUCUUCUGGGACCAACUGAAUACCUCACACUAGAGAGGGAGGUGCCUCUUUCAGGAACAACUGCUACUUCCAGCAAAGGUUCUCAUUGCCUUUUGGGUUUUCUGAAAUAUCAACAGCAAUGGUGUCCUUACUAAUCACACAGCGAGACUGACAUGGCCACACCAAUAACCAAAGACUCUUCUCCUCCCUUUCUCCCAAGAGCUCUGUACAGACCAAGAAACCAACACAUUUCUGGGGGGCCCUAUUUCUGGAAUGUUGGGUCUGGUCAUUACAGCAUCUCGAACUUGAUCCAGAUUACCCUCUUUUAAAAUUUAAAUAUUUGAAAUAGAACAUGUCAGGGCUGGAACCUGCCGGUUAUUAAUGAUAUUGAUCACAUAUUGAAGGUUUUAUGGUUUUCUUGUGUUUUUCCUUCUCCAGCCAUUAUGCAGAAAUUAGGCAGAGACCUGCAGCUCUCCCAUAAGAAUCUUCUGCAGGCAGGAUUUUUGGUGGGAUGAUAGUGCAUUCACCAGCUGAUGUGUUAAGUUCCCAUUCCCAAUACCUCCAGUGAACAAGGCCAAAUGAUGACCUCUGCUCUAGAAUCAUUUCUUUCAGUUUGAGAAGUGAGAUGCUGGAAUGUAAUUCUAACAUGGUUAUCCUGGAAUGACUAAAAAAUAUCUUAUAGAAAUUUUUAAUGCAGAGUCCUAUAUUUUAGAAAUGAAACCACAGAAUUUCCCAGAUCUCUCUAGUUAAGACCAGGAUGAAUCAUAGAAUUGAGGAAUCAGUGUAGCAGCUUAUAUAAACAUAACCUCUGGAGAUGUCUUAAAGAACCUUUGAUUAGGUCCUGUGGUACAGGAACUGCAGAAAUGGGUUUGAGAAUCUGCAACUUUUAAGUUUUUUGAUGCUAGGCAUUUAUGUCACCAGAACAGAUUACAAAAGUUCCAGUGUGGGACUCUUUAAAAUCUCCAGAGCUGUAUUCCAGAAUUGGAGCAGGUUCAAACAUUUGUAUGAUAACCUUAACUCUCCCAUUAUUCCCAAAACUAUAGAUGCUCUCAUCAUCCCCAAAGCACCUCAUUCAAUCCUCUGUAGUUCGUUCAGGAUUUAGGCAGAAGGAAAUAAAAAUGGUGGGGGAGAAGCUUUGGAACAGAAUCACAGUGGGAAGACAUAAAUAUUAGAAGCAAAAUAUUGGUGUUACACAACCCAAUCUUUGGUUGUGGGAGAAAAUAGAGCAGAGCUCUGCAUUUUGUAUUUGUAUUUGUACAAAUGGUGAGUUUGUAUGUGUGCCUUAAUAUUUGCAUGAAAGCAAAGAGACCUGCGAAUGUGUGUACUAAGCAUUGUUUGCAUAGUAUCUGCCUGAAAGGGUUAAUUUGUGCCCACGAUUUAUUCCCCAAAUUUCAGUCAGGAUCUUUUCAGUAUUGGAGCUCAAUUCCAGUAUCCUUUGAGUUCAUAAUAAAAAGAUAAAACCUCUGAGCAUUGUAAGGGGUGGGGGUGGGGGAUGUGUUACAGAGGGACAGUAUUUCUUAAUUAACAGAGUUUAUUAGGAAGAAAAGUGCAGACUUGGUGAUUUCAAAAUUUUCUAUAAUUAUCUAAAAUCAUUAACCACUAUGUGUACAUGAUAGGGUCCUUGUGGGCAUGUGAAAAGAUGUCCGAGGUGUUCUAGUGAUCUGCAUUUAAGGCUUUUAUUUCAGCUCUGUUUAGUAGGUCCACAGGAGUCCAGAAGAACAUUUUGUCUGCAAAAUUAAUUUUCUCGAGAGUCUGUUUUCCCAAUGUUUUGCUUCCUUUUUCAGGAUUUUUCUGGCCUUUGAGGCUAUGAAGAUACGUGCCUAGGGGCAAUGCUUGCUUGAAAUAAUUUGCAAUUGCUGUUAAGUGAGUUUUGGAAAUGUGGGGCUUCAGUGACCCUGCAAUGCCUUACAGGUUUUCCCUCUGAUGAAAAUAAAUUAGAAUAAAUUGAGAAUAAAUUAUGCAAAGCAGUCAAACUAGCCAACUCUUAUGCAAAAUGACUCUUAUGCAAAUUUGACCAACUAGCACAAUUCAAGGUGAUUGCAGUAUUCAGGUUUGCUCACAAUUUGGGUUGCCUGAGCACCGAAUUUUUUGUUACUGUCCAUGCAGGUUACACAUAGUUCUGACUCCCUGCAUGCUCCAAAGAGUCUACUUGAGUCUCUGUCUUGGGUCUCUGUUUUCAAGUGAAUGUAAAUGACUGGAGAUGGAAGGGGAGUGGACAGGAACUGCCAUUACCAUGGACAACAACAACAACAGUUAUUUUAAUAAAGCGGGACUUUAAACAACACAAACAAGUGUGGAUUUAUUGGGAGGCUUGUAGGUGAUGCAGUCUUGAAAUAGACCGUUUUACUUUAAUUACAGACACAGAUGUAGAAUUAAAAACCUUAUUCUACUUGUGUGUAGGCACCAUGCGA